AUGAGAUCUAUUGAGGAUGAGAAUUAAAACGAAUUCGAGGAAUACAAACUAUUCGAAUAUUAAACUGUCACCCAAUAUUGGAUUAGCACAAUCAUAUUUAUAAGCAGUUUAACCAUCUUCAUUGGAGGAGUGUUACUGUCAUAUCUCUUUGAACCUGAGAUUCAAGAUUGUAAUAUGUGCAUUCAUUAUCAAUCUAGCCAUCUAAUGCAUCGAGAUGAAAGACCAACUAUUUUAUUAUUCCAUCAUCCUUAUCUUCAUAGGCAUUAGUGAAAUGUAAGUCCCUCAUCUAUUAUAGGAUUAUUUUUUUAUUCGGUUUUGGAAUGCAACAUGCUGAUUAAAUGAAGUUUUUUGGAUAAAUAUAAAAAUAUUAAAGAAUUGAAUAAAUAGCGAUCCUCUUCACAUUUGUCAUCAUAGAAGCAUACAUCUAUCAAAAUAGAAGGACGUGUAAAAUAAAUAAAACAUACUAUUCUUUAUACGCUUUUUACUUUUGGCAAUUGUUUUGGUGUGCAUUUGUUUAUAAUUUUGAAAAUCUUACAUGA